CACAUGUUUACACACAGCCCAGCCGUCGACCUCCGUUGUGUGGAACACUGAACAUGGCCGGUGUCACCCUCCGCCUCUACACAGUCGAUGCCUUCACUGACGUCCCCUUCAAAGGCAACCCGGCUGCCGUCUGUCCCUUGCCGUCCCAAGUUAAUCUAGACGAUGAUAUCCUGCAGAAGAUCGCCAUGGAGAUGAACCUGUCUGAAACUGCAUUUAUCAAACUUUUAGACAAGUCGGAUAGUUUCAAGGAAAGUAAUACGUUUGGUUUGAGGUGGUUCACUACAAAAGAAGAAUUCAAAUUGUGCGGCCAUGCUACAUUGGCAUCAGCAGCUGUUUUGUUUGGAAAAUUGGACAACAAACAGGAUCGUAUCGUGUUUAAGACUCUGAGUGGGGAUUUGAUUGUUAAACGUGAAGGGGAGUGGAUCCACAUGGACUUCCCCGUUGGCGCUGCUCUGAAAGAGGAUCAAAGUCAACAUGAGCAGUUAGUAGCGUCGUUAGGGGAUGUAUCGGGCGUGAGCGACAUCGUCUACUGCGAUUCCCUGCGUUAUUUACUUCGUACGACUUCACGACGGAUGGUCCAGGUAAUAGGAGAAUUUGAGUCCUGGACGCCCGAUAUAUCGGCCAUGCAGAGAUCCACCGAUAGACUGGUUCUUGUCAUUGUCACCACCAGAGGGCCUCCCGGUGAUGGUUACCAGAGUGACGGUGGCGCCUCCUACGAUUUUGUUUCCCGUUGUUUUGUACCUUGGGACGAUAUACCCGAAGACCCUGUCACCGGAUCUGCGCAGACAGUUCUUGCGCAUUACUGGGCACAACACUCUAUACAGAUGCUCGUUGCCUUCACUGACAUGAUAGGCUAUCCUGGUCGCCGCCUUGUAACAAUUAAACCAAAUUUCACAACAAUCUUCUUUCUUGUAGCGAGGCAGUGUUCUGCACGCGGUGGGGAGAUCGUGGUCAAGCUGAGAGGUGACCGGGUGGAACUUCUGGGUAAAGCUGUCUUUGUCAUGGACGGAGAGAUGAAACUGUAGCCAUAGUAACCAGAAACAGCCGGACAUAACUACAAUUGUUCAGUGAUAUAAUGAAUACAUAUCCUGCUUUGUUGGGCUCAAUCCUUGCCAUUACAAAACAUGCGCCCAUUCUCAAUAAUACCUCAUCUGGUUCAUAUUUCAUGUUUGUGUUGCUGUGAAUACAAUCGUAUUUUUCACGAUCA